AUGGACACACUUGCAGUAUUCUGUAUUGUCGCUGUGGCUUUUACAGGUUUAACAAUAGGAUCCGGGGUGUUGCCGGACGGGCCUCUGCCUGCAGCCGUGGGUGGCUCGGUGAGGUUCGAGACCGCGGUGACUCCCACAGCGACACCGUUCUUGGUGGUGACCUGGACGUUUAUCGACGACACGAAGGAAACUCCCAUAAUAACGGCCAUGUCUAAAAACAUAACUAGCCCAGAGUUUGAAGGCAGGAUCACCCUCUUCAUACAGACCGGGUCUCUGGAGCUCAGUAAGCUGACUCGGAGCGAUAGCGGAAAAUACAGAGUUGGCAUUAUAACAGAUGGCGGCAACCAAAUCACAGGAUCCACCACACUACAGACAUUUGUUCCAGUCUCCAAUGUAAUGUUAACGGCCAACGCCACAGACCUUGUGGAGUUCAACAACACCGUCAGUCUGUCCUGCUUUUCCUCGGGAUCGUCCCUCUCCUUCCAGUGGCUGAACGGCAGCGGCCAGAUCUCGGCCGACGACAGAGUUCAAAUCACCGACGGAGGCGCCACGCUCACCAUCAACCCUGUGACGCGCGUCGACCACGGGCUGUUCAGAUGUCGGGUGUCCAAUGCUGUCAGCGAAGGCACCAGCCAUUCGGUGCGUCUUUCCGUCAGCUACGGCCCGGAUGAUACAUAUCUCAAGGUGUCGCCAUCGCAAGACUACAUCGCUGAAGGGUCGAACGUCAUCCUUUCCUGCUCCGCCGCCUCCAGACCGCAGGCCCUUUUUACUUGGUUUGUGGAUGGGAAGGAACUGCCAAGCGUCGGAUCAAUUCUCUCGCUGAUGAACAUUCAGCAGAGUCAGAGUGGAAACUACAGCUGCCGGUCCUUGAACAACAGGACUCUGAGACGUAAAAGAUCUCAGCCUUCGGCGAUAAAAGUGCUAAUUCCAGUCUCCAAUGUAAUGUUAACGGCCAACGCCACAGACCUUGUGGAGUUCAACAACACCGUCAGUCUGUCCUGCUUUUCCUCGGGAUCGUCCCUCUCCUUCCAGUGGCUGAACGGCAGCGGCCAGAUCUCGGCCGACGACAGAGUUCAAAUCACCGACGGAGGCGCCACGCUCACCAUCAACCCUGUGACGCGCGUCGACCACGGGCUGUUCAGAUGUCGGGUGUCCAAUGCUGUCAGCGAAGGCACCAGCCAUUCGGUGCGUCUUUCCGUCAGCUAUGGGCCAGACCCUGUCCAAAUCACGGGACCGAGCCGAAUAAAUGCGAAGCAGACUUUAACAUUAACUUGCUUUGCUGCGUCUUUCCCAUCUGCCGCUUACACAUGGAUGCUACUGAACCACAUAGCAGAGCUACACAAUUCUUCAACGUUCGUCAAAAGCAACAUCGACUUUUCCGAUAGCGGAAGCUACAUCUGUAGAGCAUCAAAUAAUAUAACUGGGAAAAACAUGUCUGCGGUGCACACGCUGACUGUAACAGUUGAAACAGUUGCUACAUGUUCGGCCGGUUGCAUCGCUGGCAUCGUAGUGGCGUGUUUAGUCAUCUGUGCAGCAGCUACCGGUGGAGGAUACUACAUUUAUCAUAAACGGAAACAGUCAAAGAAUGGCCCCAACAGAAACACCUCUAUCAGGACAGGAGGCAAAGGCCAGGACAACACAGCAGAAACAAAACAUCAGGAGCUAAACUAUGCAGAUCUGACAAUUAUCCACACCAACGACAGCGGGACGGUCCAUCAGGAUCUUCAGGAUAACCAGACAGAAUACGCCAAGGUCCGAGUGAACAACGGGCCUCCUUCCUACGACGCCCACAUGGGGCGGAUGAAGAGGCGAGCCCCUCAGCCCCAAGAUGCUCAAGGAGGCCGAGUCUGCGCUGAGGUUCACAGCAACGAGCCGUGGUAUUGUCAAAGUAGAGACCAGUCAGUAGUGGGCCAUGUGGUCACAGUUCCUUAA